ACCUCAGGGUGGGAGCAGAAGCAAGGUGACACAUUGUGCCUCUCUGGCAUAUAAAUGCAGGAGCUUUCUAGUCGCUGCCCUCAAAGCAUGACAGUUUACCAGGCGUCUUCCCCUCUACGUACAACCUUUCCCAAGGUCAUAACUUGAGUCUGCAGCGCAGCCCUUUGCUAUAGCAACUCAUUUGUCACUUACCAUCCAAUUGAACAUGGCAACUCGGUGGGGGCUCUGUGGAGCGGGGAAGAUCAGCCACGACUUCAGCGUGGCCAUGAAGACUCUGCCUCCAGGAGAUCACCAGAUCGCGGUCGUUGCAUCGAGGAGCAUGGAGCGCGCCAAAGAUUUUGCCAAGAAACAUGGAAUUCCGAUGGCUUACGGCAGCUACGAGGAGCUGGCGAACGACCCAGGCGUUGAUAUCGUGUACCUGGGAGUGCUGCACACAGAGCACUGGCGAGUUGGGUUGCUGUUCCUCCAGGCUGGGAAGAAUGUGCUGUGCGAGAAACCCUUUGCCAUCAACUCUAGACAGGUGAAAGACCUCGUUGCCGCAGCCAAGAAAAGCAAAGUCUUCCUGAUGGAGGCCAUCUGGUCCCGCUGUUUCCCCGUGCACGCUGAGGUGCGCAGGUUGCUGGCGGAGGACGCUGUAGGGGAGGUGAAGCUGGUGAAGGCCUACUUCGGAUCCCCGCAGCUCCACAUCGCGCGCUCGGUGGAGAAGGAGCUGGGCGGAGGAGCUCUGCUGGAUAUCGGAGUGUACUGUCUGCAGUUUGUGCUGAUGGUGUUCAACGGCGAGAGGCCAGAGUCCAUCCAGGCCUCAGGGGUGCUGCUUGAUUCAGGAGUGGACGAGUCAGUGGUCGUGGUGAUGAAAUUCUCCAGGAAGAGGAUGGCCUUCUGCGCCUUUUCAAUCGCUGCUCGACUUCCAAACGAUGCCGUCAUCAGCGGGACUAAGGGCUCCAUUAAAGUUCUUGGCCCAAUGCACUGUCCCACAAAGCUGGUGGUGAACGACAAGGAAAUGGAGUACCCUCUGCCUGAGCCGUGUCUCCCUCUGAAUUUCACCAACAGCACAGGGCUUCGCUACGAGGCAGAGGAAGUGAGGCAGUGCCUGCUCAAAGGACUCAAAGAGAGCCCACGAAUGCCUCUGGCCGAGUCUGUCUUGCUGACAGAGAUCAUGGAUGAAAUCAGGAAGCAGGUGGGGGUUAUCUUCAGCCAGGACAGCCAGUGACAUCACUCUGAAGCAGAGCUGUCACACCUGACCUAAACCCAAGCCAAAUGGAGCAGAGGCUUUGGACUUUGGACUCAGAUCAUUUAUGGCGUGUGUAUCGCACAGUAUCACUGCAGCAACUCUGAUAACACUCAAUGAAAGAAUAAGUAAAUCACUGGAACAUGUACAUGUUUCCCCUGUGUCUGGAAGCAGGGAGUAUGUACUUGAUAUAUUGUUUUUUUGCAAACAUAUGCUACCCCAGAUUCCCCCAAGCAAACGCAUGAAAAUACAGUACAUGAAAAACACUGCUGUAUUACACAGUUUAACAAGAUCAGACAAUAGAAAAGAAAUAAUGUAAACAAAUACGGCCGCGGCGCUGUGUGCCGCCAUCCUGUAAUGAAGUCCCAGACCUUUAAAGACAAACCCAGCUGUCACUGCGAGGUGUGUGAUUGAUGAAUCCAAUAAAAGACUGAUUGUGAAA